CGUCCUUCCCCCUCUUUCCUCUCCGUGCCGUCUUCUGGCGUUGGCCCCGACAUUUUCCUUCUUCUCUCUGCUCGUCCUUUCUCUGCCUUCUCUUUCCUUUUUAUUGGUUUAUUUAUUUCUCCGCGGCAUCUCUACUACCGGACGCCCGUUUUUUGGCCGUCGAUUGCUUUUACCACCGCUCGCUUGCAGUCGUUGGUUUCGUUCAGAUCGGGGCAGGAAGCACCCGGCGGCGCGGGUCUCGCGGGAAAGGAGGCGGUGAUCGUUGGGGAUCUGGCGGGAAGCGGUUUGGCCUGGGGAUUCAGAGGGGAGGUGUGGGAAUUUCCGGGAAACUUUGAGUUUUAGGGUUCCGGAUGGGGUGAUUGUGCGGGAUUUUGGGGGUCUUGGUUGUGGGGUUGUUUGACGAGGUGCGAUCUAGGGUUUGAAGGGAGAUGGAGGUGGUCUCUUUGUGAGCGCAAGGGAGGAGGAGGAGGAGGGAGGAGAGAGCGGGAUUGAUGUGUCUCCUUUGGGUCGAGGGCGCGGCGGAGCACCGGGGGGAAGAUGCAAGGCUAUGCAUGGGGGGGAAGGUGAGGAUCGGAAGCGGAAGCGGCACAUGUUGCCAGUCCCUCCUCGCACGGCGACGGUAGGGAAUUCUUCUCCUUCGGAUGAGGCGUGUUUCUGCAAGGAUGGUCGCAAGAUUAGUAUUGGUGAUUGUGCACUCUUUCAAGCUGAAGAUUCUCCACCCUUUGUUGGAAUAAUUCGUUCCUUGACAGCAAGCAAGGAGGAUCAUCCUAAACUUUGUGUGAAUUGGCUUUAUCGGCCUGCUGAUGUGAAGCUUGGCAAAGGCAAUUUGCUUGAUGCUGCACCCAACGAAGUCUUUUAUUCAUUUCACAAGGAUGAAAUACCAGCUUCUUUCCUACUCCAUCCAUGUAAAGUUGCAUUUCUUCGGAAAGGCGUUGAACUUCCACCAGGCAUAUCUUCAUUUGUAUGUCGGCGAGUUUAUGACACAGCAAACAAGUGUUUAUGGUGGCUAACUGAUAAGGAUUACAUAAAUGAGUGGCAGGAGGAAGUAGAUCAGCUUUUGGACAAAACACGUCUAGAAAUGUAUGCAGAAGGUCGCACUCCCAAACCUUUAAAUAGCCCAGCAUCAUCACAGCAGUUGAAAUCUGGUUCUGAUACUGUACCAAAUAGUGCCUCUCCUUUUCCUUCUCAAGUUAAGGGAAAGAAGAGGGAACGAAAUGAUCCGGGCUUGGAGCCCAUUAAGCGUGAGCGACUGUCUAGAGUAGACGAUGGAGAAUCUGGUUAUACUAGAUCAGAAAAUAUGAUUAAGUCAGAGGUUUCAAAAAUAAUUGACAAGGAAGGUGGCGGCCUUGUAAAUUUGGAAGGUGUUGAGAAAUUGGUGCAACUCAUGCAAUCAGAUAAACCUGAGAAGAAAAUAGAUUUGGCUGGGCGGAUAAUGCUUGCAGAUGUUAUUGCAGCCACUGACAGAUUUGAUUGCCUGAGCAAGUUUGUGCAACUAAGAGGGUUGCCUGUAUUGGAUGAUUGGCUCCAGGAGGCACACAAAGGUAAGGCUGGUGAUAACAGUAGUCCAAGGGAAGGUGAUAAAGGUGUAGAGGAACUGCUCCUGGCAUUACUUCGUGCACUUGAUAAGUUGCCUGUCAAUCUUCAUGCCUUACAGUCUUGUAAUAUAGGCAAAUCUGUAAAUCAUUUGCGCAAUCACAAGAAUUUUGAGAUCCAUAAGAAGGCAAAAAGUUUAGUUGACACAUGGAAGAAGCGGGUUGAGGCAGAAAUGAAGAGUAAUGAUGCAAAAUCUGGAACAGGUCAGGUAGUAUCAUGGCCAGUUUCUCAUAGUGGGGGUAAAAGGACCGGAUCUUCAGAUAUUCUGAAAAGUUCUAUUUCACAGCCAGCUGCAACUAAAACAUCUAAUAAGCUUGGUCAUGGCGAGUCUGUUGUAAAAUCAACAUCAGCAUCUCCAGGGUCUGUUAAGUUAUCACCACCUGCAUCAGCAGCUGGCUCAAAGGACUCGUACAGCAAAGUGGCAGCAACUGGUGGAACAUCUGAUCUUCCUCUGCCAGCUAUAAAGGAGGAAAAAAGUAGCAGUUCCAGUCAAUCACAGAACAAUAGCCAGUCUUGUUCAAGUGAUCAUGCCAAGGUUGCAGGUUCUGCUUGGAAGGAGGAUGCAAGGAGUUCAACUGCUGGAUCAAUGACUAAAGCAUCAGGCAGUUCUUCUCGACACAGGAAAUCAAGUAAUGGGUUCUUGGGGUCUGGUGCUUCUGGUGUCCUAAAAGAAAGUGGUGGAGGGAAGUCAGGUUCAGCGAAUAGAAGCAUGGCAUCAGAUAAAACACCACAAUCAGGAAUAACAAGUGAGAAAACAUCCGAUGCACUCCUUGGGGAGCAUGUCAACAGUCAGAGGUUGAUUGUAAGGCUCCCAAAUCCUGGAAAAAGUCCUGCACAGAGUGUCAAUGGUGGUUCAUUUGAGGAUGUUGCUGUUACAGGAAGCAGGGCUUCUUCACCUGGGAUGUCUGACAAACUUGACCAUGGUGAACGAAAACCGAAAGGAAAAGGUGAUGCUUCUCGAGGUACCACAACUCCUGAAGUUAACAAUGAAUCUUGGCAAAGUAAUGAUGUUAAAGAUGGUUUAGCUGGAUUGGAUGAAGGUGAUCGAUCUCCACUGGCGGCUUUUGAUGAUGAGCAGAGCCGGAAUAGUGAGGAUGCUUGUAAGGUUGUGGAUGCGUCAAAAACUAUCUGCUCCUCUUCUGGAAAUGAAAAACGGGUGUUUGCACCUGAGUCAAAAUAUACAAAGCCUUAUGAUGCAUCUUUUAGCUCCAUAAAUGCAUUAAUUGAAAGCUGUGUUAAGUAUUCCGAGAUCCCAUCUUCCUUAUCUGGUGGUGAUGACCUUGGAAUGAACUUGCUUGCAAGUGUGGCGGCUGGUGAAAUAUCAAAUUCUCCCUUGCAGGAAGACUCAAAUAAUGAAAAGGAUAGUAGAUCAAGAUCCUCACAGGACAACCUUGAUGCCCAAGAACACAGUCAACAAGAUGAGAUUGCAGAUGCUGAUUCUGAGAAGCGAGGGAAUGACAGCCUGGAAGUCAAACAUGACAUGUCACACUCUCUUGUGGACGACAAACAGAGCACUGAUAUGACUGAGAAAUCUCUUGGAGUUGGUGAGUUGCAUCAAUCUGAAGAGGUGUGUGCAAAGCCUGAUGGAAAGCCAACUGUGGAUGGGCCUCCUGCUGAGUCAAAUGGAGUGGUAAGUAGUGACACACCACUUGCUCAGGCAACAGAAUCCUCAUUGACUGGAGAUCAUAAACAAUGUUCUGGUAAAAGGAAAGUGUCCAGUAGUGAAGAGGAUCCUGAUGGCUUUAUGGAUGUCAAAAAGAAGCCAAAGAUUUCCUCAGCAUUGGAAAAGGUUAAUUUCGAUACUUCAAGAGAAAAGGUUGUAAACAAUGGUCCAACUAGGCUAGAAGUUGAUAAUUCCUCAAAUCAUUCAACCAAGAGAGACACCAAGGAAGAAUCUCUCUCUAGCCCUCCAGGGGAAACUGAUGCUGUAGGCAAAGUCCAUUCAAAGGUGGAGGGCAUCCUUGAUGAAGAUUCUAAAGAGGGAAAGCAACCUGCUAUUGCUGCAAGUUGUGUGCCUAGUGAAAAUGGUGGUGAAGAUGCUAGUUUUGUUCCUGGCAGUGUCAUCAUAACCUGUCCAGAUGAUGCUGACAAAUCAAAGCCUGAAAGUGCCAAAGGUUUGGAAGGUAAGAGUGUUAAGGAGCAGAAUAGUAGUGAUAUGGUGCUGAAUUGUCAGAAGGUUGAUUCCGUUGGAGGGAAAACUGAUCCAAAAGAGGGUGAGCCAAUGGUGUUAAAUCAAGAGGAAAUGGGACCGGAAGAAAAAUCAAGGGGGAAAAUUCUGGUUGACCAACAGUGUAUAUCAGCAUCUGGUGAGAAAGCAUCCUUGACUCUAGGUAAGGGAACAGAACAAAUUCCCAAAGGGUCUGAAGAAGAAGGUGUGCCUAAAGAAAAUGCAUCUGCUGCUGAGCCAUCGGGCUUGGAGGUAAUUGCAAUGGCUGAUGCGAAGAUUGAUUUUGAUUUGAAUGAAGGAUUUCCUGCAGAUGAUGGUAACCAAGAUGAAACAGUAUCUGUCAGCUCUUCCACUGCACAUAAUGCCAUGCAACUUAAUAGUUCUACGAUACCAAGUGGUAUGACGACUUCAAUUACUGUGGCAUCUGCGGCAAAAGGGUCUGUUGUUCCACCAGAUAAUAUGUUACGAAAUAAAGGAGAUAUUCGUUGGAAGGGGUCAGCUGCUACAAGUGCUUUUAGACGGGCAGAACCAAGGAAGCUCCCUGAAGUGCCUGUUGCUGCUGCGGAAGCAUCACUGUAUGACUCUUCUUCUGGCAAGCAAGUGCGUCUGCCAUUGGAUAUUGAUUUGAAUAUGCCUGAUGAAAGAGUGCUGGAAGAUGUAGCUUCUCAAUGCACUGCCUCCCAGCAGUCAGGAUCUGAACAAGGUGUUAAGCCAUUGGCAAGUGAAACACUCUGUGCAGAACCAUCUCGUAGUGCUGGACGACUGGACCUUGAUUUGAAUCGAGCUGAAGAGGGUCCAGAGAACGGUCAACCUGUAGGAACAUCCACCCGAAGAUUAGAGAUGCUUCUUUUGUCAGCAAGACCGUCGUCUUCUUCUGGGGGGCUAUCUAAUGGAGAACAUGCUGCUAGGGACUUUGAUUUGAAUAAUGGACCUAGUGUUGACGAUUCUGGUGCAGAUCCAAUUCCGCGAUAUGCACCUUCGAAAGGUGGUGUUGGUCCAUACCUUCCACCAAUUGCCAACCUUAGGAUGAACACGGAACCGGGAAAUCUCUCCUCAUGGUUCCCUCCUGGCGGGUCAUUUCCCCCAGUUUCACUUCCUCCAUUUGUGGCUGACAGAACAGAGCAGCCUUUCCCAAUUGUUGCUGCGGCUGGUGGUGUCCAGAGGAUUUUGGGCUCAACAUCAGGUGCCGCAAUUGCCUAUGGUGCUGAUAUGUAUAGAGCGCCUGUGCUGUCUUCCUCUCCAGCCAUCUCAUUCCCUGCUCCAAAUGCCUAUCCAUACCCUAGUUUCCAAUUUGGAGGCGGUUUCCCCCUUGCGUCGACAUCUUUCGCAGCAGGUUCAACGUGCAUGGAAUCUUCAUCAGGUGGAGGCCCAUGCUUUCCACCAGCUACAGCUCAGCUGGUAGGUCCUGGUGCUGCGGUUUCAACUCCAUUUGGUAGGCCCUACUUGAUAAGCCACCAAGAUGCGCCUGGCAUGGAUGGCAGUCGCAAGUGGCCAAGGCAGGGCCUUGAUCUCAAUGCAGGUCCAGGCACCACAGAGACAGAUUCUAGAGAUGAGAGGUUUUUGGCAAUGAGGCCGCUCCCGGUUGCCAAUUCUCAGGCAUUGACAGAGGAGCAGGUAAAGAUAUACCAAGCAGCAAGUAGUGCUGCAUUGAAGAGGAGAGAUCCUGAGGGCGGGUGGGACACAGAGAGAUUUGGAUAUAAACAGCCAUCAUGGCAGUAAAGGAGAAUCAGGUAGGGUGCCUUCUGCAGCGACCGAUCGGCUGGUAUGCAGUUGGUCUUUGUUCAAAAUUGCCCGACUGUUGGCGAUGCCGAUAUGCUUCUGUCUCCCAGCCUGUGCAUGAGUGGUAAGGAAUUGCAGGCUAGGCAUUUGUUGACUCUCUCUCUCUCUCUCUCUCUCUCUUUGUCUCUCUCACAUAUGUCAUAUGCAUGUCUGCCUGCCCAUGCACGUGCACAAACACACACACACACAAACUCGAAAUGCUCCAUUAGUGUUUGGAGGGAACUAGAGGAAAAUUCACAUGUAAUUCCUGUAAAUGUUGAGGUCCAGGGCUUUCCCCUUUAAUUUAAACUCAUCCGUUUCUUUCAUGGAA